CCUCUAUGCUCUCUAUAUAUAUUCAACUCGGUCUCCACCCACUUGGCCUCCCUUUCCGCCAUGGAUUCAAGCUCCAGCAAGUCCAUGAAGAUCAGAGACAUAGUCAGGCUUCAACAGCUUCUCAAGAAGUGGAAGAAGCUCGCCACCAACGCCCCCAAGAACUCCACCAAGAGAAUCACCAGCACAGCCGCCGCCGCCGCCGCCAACAACGGUAAAACCAUGAAGUUCCUCAAGCGAACGCUCUCUUUCUCCGACGACGUCGUCCCGAAGGGGUUCCUGGCGGUUUGCGUCGGGAAGGAGCUGAAGAGGUUCAUAAUUCCGAUGGAGUAUUUGGGCCACCGGGCGUUCGGGAUUCUGCUCCGGGAGGCGGAGGAGGAGUUCGGGUUUCAGCAAGAGGGGGUCUUGAAGAUCCCAUGUGAAGUGGCUGUGUUCAAGAAGAUCUUGAAGAUGGUGGAGGAGAAGAGGGACGUGUUCUCCUUGCAUGAAAAUGGGUUGGGCGGCGGCGGCGGCGAGAUCAUGGAAACCGGCGUUAAUGGCGCCUGUUUCUCGCCGGACUGUGACCUGAUUGCGUCGCCGUCGACGUCGCACCAUCCUCAGCUGUGUAGAUGAUUAUUAUAAGUAAUUGGAUGCUGUACUGGUUCGUUUUGUUUUUAUUCUGAUUAAUAGUUUUGGCUUAAUUAGUGACAAAAGUUAAGGCCCUUAA